UUUUGUUUUCGACAGUAAAAAAUUGCGAUUGAGGUUAUUUAUCGCAUUUGUUAUGUAAAAUUUAAUAAUAUAAGAAAGUAUAGUAUAAUAUAUACCAAUAUAUCGUUGAAAGAUGUGUGAUUUAUAAGCCGAUAUAACAAGAUUAUUCGAUAACUCAACUCUCAAGGACGCUACGCUAAUAUCAAUAACAAAAUGUUUCGUCAGAUUUUUCAAGCAACAAAGCCAUUUAGAACAAAAUUGAUACGUGCAGUAGGCGGCAAUGGUAGUGCAUUCGAGAAAAAUAGCGUGACCAAAGAACAGCAAUUGACGGAAGUCCUAAAGCGAGCGAUGCCGGGCAUCACAUAUGUGAGCAUUGAGGAUAUUUCUGGUGGUUGUGGAGCUAUGUUUGAGAUUAGCAUUGAAGCAAAAGAAUUUGUAGGUCUUUCAAGAGUUAAGCAACAUCGCCUAGUCACAGAUACCCUCAAGAGUGAAAUAGCGGAGAUGCACGGCAUUAGAAUACACACAACACCUCCAACUGAAGAUAAAUAAAUUAAACACUUUUAUUACUAAGAUAUUACAUUAUGUGUACAUUAUGUAUGUAGGUUUUGCUUUAAAAUGAAAACAUAGUUGUUGAAGCUAAGAAAAUAAAAAUAGUUGUAACUGUUUGAAA